UCGUACAACAACAAUAUACCCAGUGAAAUUCCACAACUGGAGUUUGGGGAGGAUAGAGUAUAUGUAGAUCUUACCUCUACAUUAGGAGGCAAAGAGGUUUCCUGUUAUGAAUUUAACCAAGAUGGAGGUCGUAUUUGCAAAGAUGACAAAUUUUACAUUUGGGACCCCGGGAAGCAGUGGCAGAGCUACCUUUGCUUCAGGGGGUUCAUCCAAACCCCCUUCGACGAAAAAUUAUACUGUUUUUAUACUAUUUUUACAUGGUUAAAAAUACUUUUUAUGCAUAUAUAGUAGAAGUUGAAACCCUUUCGAUUAGUUCGUAUAUUUACUUCUGAACCCCCUCAAUGAAAAUCCUAGCUCCGCCACUGCCGGAAAGAUGUUUAUAUAUAGUAGAGGAAUAUAAUCUAUUAGGGGAAUGUUAUGAAGUUGGCUUUUAUUUUCUUAGCUAAGUUUAGCAUUCUGGAAUCUCCCUUUUAAUUUCUAGUUUCCCUUUUGUUUCUAUGACGAAUUCUUAUUUCAAUGUAUGUGACUAUGGUUCUCCUUAUCAAUAUGAUUCCCCCUCGUUACAUUUCCGAAUUUUGAUAGGCCUUUAGCACAAGGAAAAACAAUUCACAGUAGUUAAGAAAAUAAAUGUUAGAAGUGGAGAAGCCAUGGAAAAAUAUUAUCGAGAGAAUGACAAGAAAAAAAAGGCAGUCCCGGUGCACUAAAGCUCCCCCUAUGCGCAGGGUUCGAGAAAGGGUCCCAUCACAAGGGUGUAUUAUACGUAGCCUUACCUUGCAUUUCUGCGAGAGGCUAUUUUCAAGGCUUGAACCCAUGAUCUCCUGGUCACAUCACAACAACUUUACCAGUUACUCCAAGGUCACAGAGAGCAUGACAAAGCAGUCUUAAAAAAAAGGAACAAUAACUGCAACAGAAUACUAUGAUAAUUGAAGUACAAAAAAGCAAUAGAUAAUUACAAAAAUUGAAGGACAAGAAACUACAACAGUAAUACUACGACUAACUAGUAUGGAAGGAAAAGCGAGAGAACUCUACCAAAUUUGUGUCCUACAUAACCUCCCCGUCUUAGAUCAUGCCCCCAGUUAGCUGAAACUACAUCAUGUCUUAUCUAAUCAGCUCUUCCCAGUACUUUUUUGAUCUAUUCUACCUCUCUUGAAGCCAUUCAUAGCCAAUCUCUCACACCUCCAUCCCGGGGCAUCAUCUCAGUCUCGCUUUUUCGGCUCCUCUCCUCUUUACAUGCCUGGACCAUCUCAGUCUCGCUUGCCGCAUCUUGUUCUUCAUCAAGGCCACUCAUACUUGAAUACAUUCAUUUCUAAUCCUAUCUCUUAGUCCCACACAUCCAUCUCAGCUUCCUCAUGUCCGUAACUUUUAUCCUCUGAACGUGAGUUCUUAACUAGACAACAUGAAUUAUAAUCCAUGCAUCUAAAGACCUAUUACUAAACAUGCAUUACGUAUAGGUGAGGUUAAUUCCUCUUGUAUCACCUUUUAACAACUACUAACACCAUAUUAUAAAGAGUAGCCUUACCAACAUGUCUUAAACAUAUUCCCAACUAAAUGGUAACCCCUUUAUAUAUGAUCAUCUUUUUCUUCCGUUAUGUCCUAUUUUUCGCUAAGUCUGCAUAAAUUCCAAGAUUUUAUUGGUCUUUUGAGACAAUUUCUCUUACGCGAUAAGAAAUGUGCCUUAAAAGAUGCAACAACAUUUCCAGGAUACAUGUUAUCCGAAGUUCCAGACAUAGAUAUAGACUGUCAUCUCUGUAUUACUGUUUGGUUACCGGUAGUAAAUUCCCUUGUACAUAACUUAAAAUUUAUGGAUUCUCAAGUCAAAAUAUUUAUAUACAUACAGGAUCCGGCAAAAACUAUUAGAUUCAGACGGUGAAUCCAUAAAACCAACGUUGUGAAUCCGCCCAUGUAUGUUCUAACAUCGCUGUCGUCAAUUUAAUAUAUUGUUGCAAGUUGUUGUCAUGACAUGCUUGACGAGGACAAUUAACUGUUAGUGCAUGUCAAUAUAACCUGAUAGCGUAAAAACUAUUUUCGACAUAAUGGUGGAGAUGUUCAUGCUGAAAUUAAAACGUAUAGCCAUACAAGAUAUAGGUUUCAUGACAUGAAAUGAGUAAAGCAUCUAGUACCCUUCUGAACUAUGACCGAAUUCGCUACAUCACACUCCAAAUUCACAGGUGUUUUAAUACCCCUGAACAAAAUUUUAGCGUAUUUUUUUCAACUUUUUUAGCUGAUGUGACACCUUUUGUCAGCCUUUUUAGCUGACUUAGCACCUUCGACGUGGCCCCUAUUUUAUGUAAUAAAGGUGUUAUGUCAGCACAAAACGGUGACAAUUUUUGAUCUGUCUUCAUAAUGUUUUUGACUAAUUUUUGAUCUUGACUGACUCUAUCUUCAUGAUCAUUACCCUCCGACUCUACGUGGUUCCACCACCACUAAAAUUGCGAGCAGGAUUGCUUUCUCUGGAUGAAAGAAACAAUUAUAGUAUUAAUUCAAAGAUGCUAGUUAGGAGCAUCCAAGGUGUCGCCUAGUGGUCAAUGAUGUUUAUUAUGCACUAUGAAGUCUCGGGUUCAAUUUUCAGUAGAAGCUAAAUGCUAGUGUGAUUUCUUCCGAUCUGUUCUAGCAAUGGUAGACGGAGUUUACUGUUAACAGUAGUUGAUGGCCCUGUGAAAAAAGUUGAUCAAAUUCCUUGCUUCCUUAAAUAGCUUUCCUUUUCUUUUUUAUCAAAGGCAACUGUUUGUGUGGUGUCCAGAAUAUUUCUUAAAACAAAAAAGGGCAGCCCAGUGCACUAAGCUCCCGCGAUGUGCUGGGUCUGGGGAAGGGCCCGAUCACAAGUAUCUAUUUUACGCAAUCUCAACUUACAUUUUUUGCAAGGGGUUGUUUCCAAGGCUUGAACCCGUUAUCUCCUGCUCACAUGGAAAUAGCUUUACCCAUAUCCAAAAUAUUUCGAUGAUAAUAUAAUAAAGGACACACAAGAUCAUAAUUUGAAAUAUUUAUAAAUCCCAAAAUCCAAAAAAAUAAGGAAAAAAUAAGGAAAAAAUUGAAAAUAUUUCGAUUCUUUGAAAAUAUUGAAUCAAACUAUUUUUCCUUAUUUCGACAAAAGAAUCACAAGCUUCUUCGCAAGAAAAACUUUUUUUAACGUAGUAUUAUACACACUUUCUUACGCAUAGACCCCUGUGGUCUGGUCUUCUUCCCCCCACCCUACGCGUAGCUACGAUGCUUUACACUGCAAUCUUUUAUUUUGGAGAAACGACAUUCACUUUGGUGCUUAAGAAGCAACCUAUGAAAAUAUUCUCUUGUUUUUCUAUUUUUCUUAUUUUGGUUCCUUUCUUAACUUGUAAAGUCGAGUAUGUCGCAGCUGCCUAAUGUGUUAGUCAUGCAAUUUGGCAUUGGAAGUUGAUAAAGAUGCGACAAGAGCAAGCUACUAUAGAUAAUAUCGCGUGUUACUAAGAAGUACUGUUGCUUUGGUUAAAGAAUCCCAUAUUCCAUGAAUGAGAAAGCAAGCUACUGUAGAUAAUAUCACGUGUUAAUAAGAAGUAACGUUGCUUUGGUGAAAGAAUGGGACUUGUGAUCUGAAACUUCCUACAUAACUUACAUAAAGACUCACGUCUAUGUUACAACCUUAACAUGUUCUCUGGCUUGCAGUUCUUCAAUCUUCUUGUAUAAGGUUCUCAAGUGAUAGAUAUGUCAUCAACAUCUUGUUUCAAAAUUAAUAUGAAUUCUUAUUGUAUAAUAUGGUCAUGGUUUUUAAUUUAAUGUAUUAAAGAUGCCUUACUUCAGAGUUUUCCUCUUUCAAAUCAAAUAUGCCACUGCCUCUCCGAUACGAUAGGAGCUUUAAUUCUAGUAUGUUUCUUUACACUGCUUAUCAAAAAAUCCACUCUAAACUCAGUUCCUGCAAUUUUGGAUGUGUUGUUUAAGUGCCAGUGUAGCUAAUCUGAGCCCCUCCACAAAGAUUUCAGAUAGGCAGUGUGGACUGUUGUACCAUUGACUCUAUCUAUUCAUGAAAUUUUCUUUAUUUCAUUUUCUAUUUUAUAUAGGCUCGCUCCCUCUUUUUCCAAGUAUUCAUCCACUUCCCAUUACUCCAUAGGGCCUUCUAUUGAGGAAUAUGUUGUGUUUAUGCAACAAUGGUAAAAUAUUGACCUCUUCUUCACUACUUAUGAAUUCAAAUUCAAUUUAUCGUGAAUGUGCUGCUGGUUUUCAGUUUGGAAGUUGUAGAUCCGCGAAGAGCAUGUGUUGAGUAAAGGGAAAAGGAGCAAUGUCCGCCAGUCUCAUGGGGCAAUGGGAGCCAACGAGAGCCAUUAUUGUUUUGGUUUAGGAGACAUGAAGGCGAAAAUACGAAAACAUCAAAAUCCCUUUCUUGUGAUCAAGGUAAGCACCAGAUCCCUUUCUACUUUGAGAUUCAUUAAGAAUCUAAUUAGUUUUUCCUAUAUAAUAAUGUUUCAUCAGAGAAACCAAAGGACUCACAGGAUUAUCAUGGAUCCGACCUUGUAUAAUGCUGCGAUGAGAGGCAAUAUUGGAGAUGCCAAUUUUCUACUUGCUGAUCAUCUGAAAAGGGAUGAAGAAAACGGCUACCAAGUCACUCCGAAGGGCAACACGGUCCUUCAUGUCGCAGCCCUCUAUGGCCACUCUAAUUUCGCGAGAGAAGUCCUUAAGAUUACUCCCGCAUUAUUAUGCUGUGAAAACAAGAAAAAUGAAACCGCUCUUCACAUAGCAGCUAACGAAGGGCACACUGAAGUAGUACGUGUGCUACUUGCAUGUGUAGAAGAUCAUAAUACUAAGGAGAAACUUACGAGGAUGACAGAUGCUAGUGGAGAUACAGUGCUGCACAAGGCCGUGCGGAGCCAACAUCGAGAUGUGGUUAAGCUCUUGGUGAAAGAAGAUUCUGAAUUUGAAUUUCCGCCUAACCAUGCACAGGAGACGCCACUGUAUCUGGCGGCUGAAUCUGGUUUUCAUGAUGCUUUGAUUAUCAUCUUGGAAUCCUGCAAGAAACUAACUUAUGCUGCAGGUCCAUCUAAUAGAACGCCACUGCAUGCAGCAGUAAUUCAGGAACAUAAAGAUUGCAUUAGAUCACUAUGGCGAUGGAAUAAGCCAUUAUGCGAGGAACCUGACUUAUGGGGUUGGAAUUCACUGCACUAUGCCGUUAAAUUAGGAUUGGAAGAUCUAGUUUCUGAUAUGUUGGGGUGGAAAAAAUCCUUAGUUUACCUUCCGGCAGCAGCGAAAAUGACUGGACGGCAACAAUUCACAUUGCAGCUAGUGAAGGUGAUGUAAACAUGAUCA